GUCAUUGGCCAAGCUCGGCUGUCAGUCUUUUCGCGUCGCGUAGCGCGGUACAGCGGGGCAGGGCCUAUAGAGCAGUGGCGAAGCCUGCUGCAGGGAGAAGAUGGCGGUCGCAGUGAGAACUUUGCAGGAGCAGCUAGAAAAGGCCAAAGAGAGUCUAAAGAACGUUGAUGAGAAUAUUCGCAAGCUCACCGGGCGGGAUCCAAAUGAUGUGAGGCCCAUCCAAGCCAGAUUGCUGGCCCUUUCUGGUCCUGGUGGAGGUAGAGGACGUGGUAGUUUAUUGCUGAGGCGUGGAUUCUCAGAUAGCGGAGGAGGACCCCCAGCCAAACAGAGAGAUCUUGAAGGGGCAGUCAGUAGGCUGGGUGGGGAGCGUCGGACAAGAAGAGAAUCACGCCAAGAAAGCGACCCAGAGGAUGAUGAUGUUAAAAAGCCAGCUUUGCAGUCUUCAGUUGUAGCUACCUCCAAGGAGCGUACACGUAGAGACCUUAUCCAGGAUCAAAAUAUGGAUGAAAAGGGAAAGCAAAGGAAUCGACGAAUAUUUGGCUUGUUGAUGGGCACGCUUCAGAAAUUUAAACAAGAGUCCACUGUUGCUACUGAAAGGCAAAAGAGGCGCCAAGAAAUUGAACAGAAACUUGAAGUUCAGGCAGAAGAAGAGCGAAAACAGGUUGAAAAUGAGAGGAGAGAACUGUUUGAGGAGAGGCGUGCUAAACAGACAGAACUGCGACUUUUGGAACAAAAGGUUGAGCUUGCACAGCUGCAAGAAGAAUGGAAUGAGCAUAAUGCCAAGAUAAUUAAAUAUAUAAGAACUAAGACAAAGCCCCAUUUGUUUUAUAUUCCUGGAAGAAUGUGUCCAGCUACCCAAAAACUAAUAGAAGAGUCACAGAGAAAAAUGAAUGCUUUAUUUGAAAGUAGACGCAUCGAAUUUGCAGAACAAAUAAAUAAAAUGGAGGCUAGGCCUAGAAGACAAUCAAUGAAGGAAAAAGAGCAUCAGGUGGUGCGUAAUGAAGAACAGAAGGCGGAACAAGAAGAGGGUAAGGUGGCUCAGCGAGAGGAAGAGUUGGAGGAGACAGGUAAUCAGCACAAUGAUGUAGAAGUGGAGGAAGCAGGAGAGGAAGAGGAAAAGGAAGUAGGUAUAAUUCAUAGUGAUGCAGAGAAAGAACAGGAGGAAGAGGAACAGAAACAGGAAAUGGAAGUUAAGAUGGAGGAAGAAACCGAGGUAAGGGAAAAUGAGAAGCAGCAGGAUAGUCAGCCUGAAGAACUUAUGGAUGUGCUAGAGAUGGUUGAAAAUGUCAAAAAUGUAAUUGCUGAGCAAGAGGUAAUGGAAACUAAUCAAGUUGAAAGUAUAGAACCUUCAGAAAAUGAAACUAGUAAAGAAUUGGAGCCAGAGAUGGAAUUUGAAGUUGAGCCAGAUAAAGAAUGUAAGUCUCUUUCUCCUGCGAAAGAGAAUGUUAGUGCUGUAGAAGUGGAAAAGGAGUCUGAGGAAAAAGAAGAGAAAGAAUCUGAGCCCCAGCUUGAGCCUGUGGCUCAGCCUCAACCCCAACCCCAACCCCAACCCCAGCCCUCGUCCCAGCCCUCGUCCCAACCCCAGCCCCAGGCCCAGCCUCAUCCACCCAGUAGCAGCAGCGGAAGUAGUUCCAGCAGUGGCAGUAGUAGCAGUCGAAGUAGUUCGAGCAGCAGUUCCAGUACAAGUGGCAGUAGCAGCAGAGAUAGUAGCAGUAGCACUUCUAGUAGUAGUGAGAGCAGAAGUCAGAGUAAGGGCCGGGGACACAAUAGAGAUAGAAAUCACAGAAGGAGCAUGGAUCAGAAGAGAAGAGAUACUUCAGGACUAGAAAGAAGUCACAAAUCUUCAAAAGGUGGUAGUAGUAGAGAUACAAAAGGAUCAAAGGAUAAGAAUUCCUGGUCUGACAGAAAGAAAUCUAUAUCAGAAAGUAGUCGAUCAGGCAAGAGAUCUUCAAGAAGUGAAAGAGACCAAAAAUCAGACAGGAAAGACAAAAGGCGUUAAUGGAAGAAGCCAGGCUUUCUUAGCCUAUUCUUUGC